AUGGCUCGUAAUUGGGUAAUGGAAAUGCCACAUCGCAAUCAAAUUGUUGCUGAAACUGUUACCGAGCUCACUAGAAGGAGUUCCACUUCUCAAAGGCAGAGGAAGAAUCGUUCUCCCAAUCGACCAAGAUAUCGUGUUGCCGGUCACAACCGGUUAUUCUUAGAUUAUUUUGCUGAGAAUCCAGUAUAUACUGAUGAUCAAUUUCGACGGAGGUUUAGGAUGAAAAGGUCGUUAUUUAUGCAUAUAGUUGAAAGAGUCCAACAACGCGAUCCAUGGUUUCAACAAAAAUAUGAUGCAGUUGGUAAGCCCGGUUUUUCACCACUACAAAAAUGCACUGCAGCUAUGAGAUUAUUGGCAUAUGGAGUAGCAGCUGACCAAAUCGAUGAGUAUGUUAGAAUUAGUGAGAAAAGCUCACUCAAUGCCUUAAGUAGAUUUGUUGAUGUUAUAAUUGCCGAGUUUCAAGACGUGUAUUUGAGGAAGCCAAAUGAAGAAGACUUACAAAGGCUAUUGCACAUUGGAGAGGUGCGUGGAUUCCCAGGCAUGUUGGGAAGUAUAGAUUGUAUGCAUUGGGAGUGGAAAAAUUGUCCAACUGCUUGGCAAGGACAAUUUCAAGGUCGAGAUGGUAAAUCUACAAUAAUAUUAGAAGCAGUUGCAUCGGCAGAUUUAUGGAUUUGGCAUGCUUUUUUUGUAGUUCCGGGCUCAUCAAACGACAUCAAUGUACUAAAUCGAUCUCCAGUUUUUAAUGAUAUUUUUGAAGGAAGAGCCCCACCAGUCAAUUUUGAAGUAAAUGGUCACCAAUACAAUAUGGGAUAUUACCUAGCAGAUGGUAUAUAUCCAGAAUGGGCAACUUUUGUGCAAGCAUUUCGACUUCCACAAGGUCGAAAAGCAAAAUUAUUUUCGCAACGCCAAGAGUCGGUACGAAAAGAUGUUGAGCGUGCUUUUGGAGUUCUCCAGGCUAGAUUUGCUAUAAUACGAAACCCGGCACUAAUAUGGAAAAUAGAAGUUGUGCAAAAAAUAAUGAUAGCUUGUAUCAUAUUGCAUAACAUGAUUGUUGAAGAUGAACGACAAGGUUACCUUCACAAUGAAGAGUAUGGAGAUUUUAGGCAGUUUGAUCAAGCAGAAAAUGAUGAUGACUCGCCAACUAAUUAUAAUGUACGUUGGCGUGCCGAUAUGCAAACAUACCUAAGGAAUAGGAUGAGAGUACGAAAUACGGAAACCCAUAUUCAAUUGCGAGAUGACUUAAUGGAACAUAUCUGGGAUCGGUUUGGUCAUGAUGGUGAGGAAUAAAAUGUAUUUUUAUUCAUAUUAAUUUUAAUUUCUGAAUGUAUUUCUUUUUCUCUUUUAAUUGUGUUUAUGUUUUUUUUACUAUUGUUAAUGUGUUAUUGUAUGCAAAAGUUCUUAUCUCCAUAUUCAAUAUUAAUGCCAAUUUUUUUUAAGUACAUUAUAUAACUCAUAUUUAACAAUACAUUUGUAUGUUGUUUAAUACCAAAAAACAAUAAUUAAAAAAACAAGCAUAUAUACUAGUAGUAGUAGCAGCAGCAAUAAUAAUAAUAAUAAUAA